AUGGUAUGUACCUCUGUAUUUUUAGAUACUUAUUUAGGUGGUCUGUUAUUAGAUACAUGUUCUGGCGACGAUGAUUGUCCAGUACCUGCUACCUGUAGACCCAAUGGUUGUAAAGGAUUUAACUGUCUCUGUCCUCCCCUUACCAUUGUUGAUGAGACGUUAAACUUUUGUCAAAAUGCAUCGAAGAUCGGAAGCCGCUGUAAAAAUGAUACUAGAUGUUUGUCUAAAAUGGCAAUUUGUGAAUCAAAUUUUUGUCGAUGUGCAGAUUUCUUCAGAACGACUGGAACGCUACAAUGUUCUUUUCGAGAUGAAAGGUUGAUCGGUGAAAAUUGUUCGCGGUCUUCAGAAUGUGCUGAUGCCAAGUCAGUGUGCCUCGGGGGAUCGUGUGUCUGUGCUCCAGGUUUUAGAGAAAAGACUGAAGAUGAAUAUUGGACAGAUCCUUUAUCUAGAAUCCAGUGUGUGUCAGCAAAUUUCUCUUCGGAUUACUGUGGGCAAGAGAGAUUGGUAUUACCACUGGAAAUAACCCCUUCAGCUCCAGGAGUAACCGAUAUCGCAGUCGAUAUCACUAACGCCGACUCAGAGAUAAACCAUUCAGAAAUAAAUAUAGAAGCAUCUGAUGCUUAUUUUGACAACACCUUCGAUAUCCUACGAGAGGAUACAGUUAUGCCCUCGGACGACUUACUCCCAUCAGUAGCCUUCCAAACUUUAAGCAUUACUCUAGACAUUUUGUUACCGUCAGAGGUCCAGUCCGAUAAUGUUAGUGAUCUUGAUAAUCUCUUGAUAACGAAUAGUGAAAUUCCACGAGAUCCAUUUACUGAAAUUGAGUCGGAUGUCAUUGAUGGUUUUACUUCCAACGAACCACCAGAGAUCGAAGUAACUGAAUCGAGUUUGUUUGAAACGAUGAUGGUCACAUCUAGCUUUGAUUCCAUGUUCUAUUAUGAAGAUGGUGUUAGUAGAGACACUGUUAAAACUGAUGAAGUAUUUGAGCACACAGAAUCAGAUGUAAUAGCUCCAACAGAGACCUUUACUGAUUCUCCAAGCAAUCUCGUGGAUGAAUUUACACGAAUAGAUGCUGACACCACAAGCCCUAGUGAUCUUGGGAAAGACACCACUGGAAACAAUAACACUGACGGUGACAAGAAGCAAAGCCGCAACAGCAAUGUAGCAAUUACUAACGAAGAUGUCAAAAUAAUAAUAUCACUGUUGGGAAGUGGAGUUGGUAUACUGGUUGUAUUGACCAUAAUUGUGGUGUUGUUUAAAUUAUGUCGGACAGGAACUACAAUGUCAAAUACUGUUUCCCCGGAACCACAAGACACUUCAUCGGUACUCAAAUCUGUUAAUAGACAGAGAACAUUAUUCAAAGAUCGUUGGUGA